GUGGUGGGAGGAAGUGAGAACUACAAGCACACAGCACAGAGCGUGCAGCAAUGGAGCUGUGCCGACAUUUCUGGUUUGGCUUUCUGUUAUGCAUAGCAGGUGCAGGAUGGUGGGGAGCAGGUUCAAAGACAGCCCUGACAGAGCUGGUCAGGACCCUGGGGGACACGGUCACGUUUCCUCUCGACAUCCCGGCGGGGGAGACAUUGGAUAACAUUGGCUGGACGAUUGGCACAAGGAGUCUAGCAAUUGUGGUACCAGGAGACCCCCCGAGCGUGGUUGUGUCAGACAGGCGCUAUAGGGGCCGCCUGCGUGUCCCCAACAACGGCCUCUCGCUGCAAAUCACGGACCUGAGGCCGGAGGACGGUGGCUCCUACACAGCUACAGUCAGCAUGGAUAAGACCCAGUUUACCCGGGUCUUCACACUGCGGGUCUACGAGCGGCUGCCCCAGCCCACGAUUCACUGCGAUGCCCAGAGCUGUGCGAAUGAGCUCUGUAACAUCACCCUGAGCUGCACCGUCCCCAGCAGAGGCGACAACGUGACCUACAGCUGGAUCCCCCCACAGCCCCCCAAUACGACUGCUCGAGGAUCCACCGUGGUCAUCUCUCACCCAGAUCUUCCAGUAAACGUCACGUGCACAGUGCACAACCCCGUCAGCAACAGCUCCACCACGGCCUCAGUCGAGGCCCUUUGUGCAGGUAACUCCUUGUAUAUCAGACUUCUUUUUUUCUUUUUUAAAGUGCAGGACAUCCACAGAAGCAUCCACAAAGUCAAAAGCCCAAUCUCCAAGCUGCCAUGCUCAGAUCUUCCCAGGCAAUAGCAGA